ACUUGCGAGGUGCACAGGCCCUGGUUAUAAGCUGUGGAUGUGGAACUGUACAAGCUGAAGUCACUGCACUUACCUCUCAGCCAAGCCGACUAGAAUACCCUGCCUGCCUGUACUGUCGCUCUCUCUCUCUCUCUCUCUCUCUCUCUCUCUCUCUCUCUCUCUCUCUCUCCUUCCCUCCUAGAGUUGGAGCGCUGAGAUUUGGAAAGUGCGCCUCAGACCCACUUUUGGUCAGCCUAAAGACUGUACAGAGACGGUUUUCCACUCCUCUCUCUUCCCUUCGAUCCAACUCUCAGUCACUCUCUCACUCGCUCCCUCUCUCACUGCAGAAGCACAUGGACUACAUUUUCUCCAGAGAGACAGAGAAAGAAGCAAAACAAAAAUAACAUUUGUUCCACCUGCCAUUGGUGAAAAUAUUAAAAUUGUUCUGUUUUUGGACAAACUCGGACCAGCUUUCAAACCAGCGGCAUUGCAACGUUUAUUUAUAUAUAUUUUUAUUCUCUUUCGUUCCUUUGAAAUUGACUGAUCUGAUACCAUCCUAAUUUCUCUGGGAGACAUGCGUGGCUGAAGGAGAAGAGGAGCCAGAGACCAACCUGAAAUUAACACCUCGUUGACAUCCUCUCACAUCCCGUUCCUCCAUCUACCCUUCAACGCUUGGAGGAGAGAAAAAAAGUUGCUAGCAGCUAAACCUAGAGCCGGGGAGUCAGAUGACCAUGCUGUUGGCUCCUGUCUGUGUGCUGCUGCUGCUGGGGGGCCGUGUCCUUGGAGGAGGCUACCCCCCCAUGCCCCAGAUGAAGUACAUGCAGCCCAUGAUGAAGGGCCCUGUGGGACCUCCCUUCCGAGAGGGCAAGGGACAGUACCUCGACAUGCCACCCAUGAUGGACGUAAAGGGCGAGCCAGGGCCCCAAGGAAAACCUGGACCAAGAGGCCCAACUGGGCCCUCGGGACUUCCGGGAAAACCAGGGCUGGGGAAACCAGGUCUCAAUGGCCAGCCUGGCCUUCAGGGACCUCCAGGCUUUCCGGGCAUUGGGAAGCCAGGACUUCCGGGUCUCCCAGGAAAAGGGGGAGUUAAGGGGAUGACUGGGAAUAAUGGCGAGGUUGGACUCCGGGGUGAACCAGGCCCCAGAGGACUUCCAGGUCAACCAGGUCUCCCCGGCCCAGCUGGCCUGUCUCUUAAUGGCAAACCUGGCCUUCCAGGUGGGAGUGGCCAACCUGGGUCUCGUGGAGAACCAGGACAGAAAGGUGGGCCUGGAAAUCCUGGGGAGCGUGGACUCAAGGGAGAGAAUGGCAAUGGGAAUCCUGGAUUGCCAGGAACCAGGGGCCCCAAUGGGCUCAGGGGCCCCCCAGGGCCAGCUGGUAAUCAGGGCAUGGGAAAACCAGGACUUGACGGGCUUCCUGGUCCUUCUGGGCCUAAAGGGGACCAGGGGCUCCCAGGAGGAAUAGGAGAGCCAGGGAAGGCUGGAGGUCCAGGGCUGCAAGGCCAGCCAGGAUCUGUCGGAUUGGGCAAGCCUGGUAAUGAUGGAUUGCCUGGAGGACCCGGUCCAUUUGGGCCUAAAGGUGAGCCAGGACAGAGGGGUUCUCCAGGGUUUCCUGGAGUUCCUGGCUAUGGCAAACCUGGUCUACCAGGGACAAAGGGAGACAAGGGCCUUUUCGGGGGACCAGGCGUCCGUGGAGAUAAGGGAGAGCCUGGGAUGGCAGGAAAGCCAGGAGACAUGGGCCCAGAUGGACAGCCAGGACCACCGGGAAUACAGGGCCCCAUGGGGCUUUCAGGAAAACACGGCAUGCCUGGCCUGAAGGGAGAGUUGGGUCCACAGGGGCAUCCAGGUCUGCCAGGGAUCAGAGGGGACCAGGGUCCUGGUGGUAUGUCUGGAAAACCAGGCAUUCCUGGAGACAAAGGGCUCCCGGGCCCUAACGGGGCUAUCGGAAAACCUGGGCCCAAAGGCGAGGCAGGGCACAUAGGCCUGCCAGGAAAUCCAGGUCUGUUAGGCAAUCCUGGACCAAAAGGGGAGCUUGGGUUUGUUGGGUCUCCAGGACCGAGAGGCCAGUCUGGAAUCCCCGGUCUGCAGGGGCCUUCAGGGCCAAUGGGGCCACAGGGUAUCCCAGGUCUGAAGGGCGAACCUGGGCUGCCGGGUCUUCCAGGUCUGGGCAAGCUCGGAGAAAAAGGAGUUCCAGGUCCCCAAGGUCCCCCAGGAAAGCCCGGCAACUCUGGACUCAACGGCAACCCCGGCCCUCCAGGGCCACCCGGGCCCCCUGGCCCUGCAGGAAACGGACAAACCGGGGUGGCUGGGCUAACGGAUUCAGGGCUGGGUGGGGACGAGGUACCAGACGGGAGGAACGGAAAACCACAGUUUGGCCGUGCAGAUCUCUCCGCCACCCUGGCGCCCGCGUUUACCGCCAUCCUCACCACAGCCUUCCCUCCCUCUGGGACGCCCAUCAAGUUCGACAGGACCCUGUACAACGGGCAGAAUGCCUACAACCCUGCCACCGGUAUCUUCACCAGCCCCAUGUCUGGCGUCUACUACUUUGCCUACCACGUGCACGUAAAGGGAUUCAGUCUGUGGGUGGCACUGUACAAGAACUAUGUUCCAGCCACAUACACCUACGACGAGUACAAGAAGGGCUACAUGGACCAGGCGUCCGGUAGCGCCGUCCUUGAGCUGAAGGAGAACGACCAGGUGUGGAUGCAGAUGCCCUCGGAUCAGGCUAACGGGCUCUACUCCACCGAAUACAUCCACUCGUCCUUCUCAGGGUUCCUGCUCUGUCCCACAUAAUGGCCUGCUAGUCAACUAUCACCUAGGGUGCCUUCUGAUGUCCCUGUAUCAAAACACCGGCAGCCAGAAUAACACCACCUGUAUAAUGUUAUCAUCAACAACAUCAACAACGACAGGAAAAGACGUUGUGAACAGAAGAUGGAGAAUUCAAAAGCAGGAGAAGGAUACUUCAUGCUGUGCUCUGUUUUUAUCUCUUUCUUUAAAAUGUCAGUUUUUUUAUUUUUACUUGUUUGUUUUUUUAGCUUAUAUUAUUAUAAUUAUUAUUAUUGUCAUAAUUGUUAUUAUUAUUAUUAUUAUUUUGUCAUCGUUGUCUGUAUUGUUGUUGUUUAUUGGAUUCGGACUAUUAAGUGCCUUACUUUGUCUAAGUAACAUUUAUUAUGCUGCGUUCAUAACUAUUUGGGAAGGUGGUAAAUACCAUUUGGAUGCAAUCACGUUCUUUGAACUCAUUGAGAAACGCCGAUUGGCUAACAGCUAUCGUGCUUGUAAAAUAUUAUGGUGUUUAAAAACCAUAUUAAUAGCUUGCUUUUUAUAAAUAAUGUUUUGUUGUUGCAUUUAACUGUCAUAAAUACUGUUAUAAUUUCCUUAGUAGGUGACGUUGGAAGUCAGCAUGUGGGAGAAGUCAGAGCUCAGCGAUGAUAGACGAGUUUCCCACUAGUAAUUACCAGUUAGAGGAGCUUUAAAGUGUUUUUUUUUUAUCCAGUCGUAUGUGGUAAAUACCACCUUCCCACUUGGUUAUGAAUGUAGCAUUAGACCUACCCAUGUGACUGCACAUCCUACCCAAAUGCUCUGACAUCAGUAGGAUGAAAUCGUCAGACCCUGGGGCUCUGAUUGGUUCCCCUGGCUGCAGUCACUUCCUGCACAAAAGCCUCCCAUUUUCUUAUGUGUGCGCGUCCUUCCUAUUUAAAUCAAUAUUUCACAUAAAGAUGUACCAUUACACAUACAGUAUGAAGUGUAUAUUCAAUAAACAAUUCCUGACGUGAAAUAAUAUCCAAUACUUUUCACUUUACUUAAAAAAAUGUUUUUUAAAUGACCUGUUCUAGGGAUCGAUGGAUCAUUGUUUAUCAGUAUGCUCUGAUGUUUUGACAGUCAACUUCUAGUUGUCUGUUGGGUGCUAAUUUUAUGGUUUUGGAUCAUGGCUAUGACUUGACCAAUAAGAGGUCAUUGCUGGUCAUUCUAGAAGGUGACGGUUUUGGAUCAUGGCUAUGACUUGACCAAUAAGAAGUCAUUGCUGGUCAUUCUAGAAGGUGACGGUUUUGGAUCAUGGCUAUGACUUGACCAAUAAGAAGUCAUUGCUGGUCAUUCUAGAAGGUGACGGUUUUGGAUCAUGGCUAUGACUUGACCAAUAAGAAGUCAUUGCUGGUCAUUCUAGAAGGUGACGGUUUUGGAUCAUGGCUAUGACUUGACCAAUAAGAAGUCAUUGCUGGUCAUUCCAGAAGGUGACGGUUUUGGAUCAUGGCUAUGACUUGACCAAUAAGAAGUCAUUGCUGGUCAUUCUAGAAGGUGACGGUUUUGGAUCAUGGCUAUGACUUGACCAAUAAGAAGUCAUUGCUGGUCAUUCUAGAAGGUGACGGUUUUGGAUCAUGGCUAUGACUUGACCAAUAAGAAGUCAUUGCUGGUCAUUCCAGAAGGUGACGGUUUUGGAUCAUGGCUAUGACCUGACCAAUAAGAAGUCAUUGCUGGUCAUUCCAGAAGGUGACGGUUUUGGAUCAUGGCUAUGACCUGACCAAUAAGAAGUCAUUGCUGGUCAUUCCAGAAGGUGACGGUUUUGGAUCAUGGCUAUGACUUGACCAAUAAGAAGUCAUUGCUGGUCAUUCCAGAAGGUGACGGUUUUGGAUCAUGGCUAUGACUUGACCAAUAAGAAGUCAUUGCUGGUCAUUCCAGAAGGUGACGGUUUUGGAUCAUGGCUAUGACUUGACCAAUAAGAAGUCAUUGCUGGUCAUUCCAGAAGGUGACGGUUUUGGAUCAUGGCUAUGACCUGACCAAUAAGAAGUCAUUGCUGGUCAUUCCAGAAGGUGACGGUUUUGGAUCAUGGCUAUGACUUGACCAAUAAGAAGUCAUUGCUGGUCAUUCCAGAAGGUGACGGUUUUGGAUCAUGGCUAUGACCUGACCAAUAAGAAGUCAUUGCUGGUCAUUCCAGAAGGUGACGGUUUUGGAUCAUGGCUAUGACUUGACCAAUAAGAAGUCAUUGCUGGUCAUUCCAGAAGGUGACGGUUUUGGAUCAUGGCUAUGACCUGACCAAUAAGAAGUCAUUGCUGGUCAUUCCAGAAGGUGACGGUUUUGGAUCAUGGCUAUGACUUGACCAAUAAGAAGUCAUUGCUCUAUCCAACUUGUGUAAGAUCCACACAAAGCAGGGGACACAUAGAGACAGCAGUAUUAAACAUGGAAGAGUAACCAUGCUUUCCCCCGUUCUCCUCUUCUUUAAAAAAGCAUCAAUAGUAACCAGUAACCUAAAGAAUUAUAAAUACUGUAUAUAGAACACAUUAAAUAGACAAAUAAAUACUUCUAUGAAUAAAUGUGUAAGUUAAUCAUUAUAUUAAUAAACACAUUCUGCGUCAGCUAAUUCAGCUAAUAGACAGAAAUUGUGGCCAAAUGCGUUUGGAUCAAUGUCAUGUUUCCCUGCAUCGAUCCAUUCUGUGGGUAUUCCCAUUUACUACCUGCAUUGCAGCUCCCGUGUCACCCUCAUUUCGUGCUCUAUGGCACACACAUAUUGAUGACAUCACUGCUUCUUGUGUCCGCUAACGCCAUGGCUGCGGCCGAGCAAUCAAAGCCCUAGUACCUUUCACAUUAACAUUUAGAGUGAACGUUCUGAGGGAUAGCUCACAUUAAAAGCCUCAUUCUGUCUACAAACUAUAAAGCAUAUCACAACUACAAAUCACAUUUACAACUGGCUAAAGGCCAUCCGACCUGUUUCUACAGAGUAACCCUUUCAAGGUUCAGAUGAAACCCAAUGGGUGCAUUGGGUGCAGUUCAAAUGAUCUUACACAACGCUCCCAGUAUUUGGUGCUACAGUUAUCUCAUUGUAAUGAUAAAUGUACAGUAACAAUGUAUAAUCCUCCAUAAGCCUCAGUAUAACAAAAAGGCUAUACAUUCAUUUUCCACCUAAAGAUACAUCCGCAACUAAAAUGGUUUGUCCAUUGCUUGGUUAAAUGGAACAUCUGAUGUUGCCACAGUAUAUUCCUAGUGGAAGUCCUGUGACAGGAUAUGAAAGGUUAACUUUUGGAAAUGACCAUACAUGAAUCUCCAUAAUAAGUCAUGAGAGAGAGAGACAGAGAGACAGAGAGAGAGAGAGAGAGAGAGAGAGAGAGAGAGAGAGAGAGAGAGAGAGAGAGAGAGAGAGAGGGAGGGAGGGAGGGAGGGAGGGAGUGAGAGAGAGGCUCUGUGGUUGUGAAAUUGUUCUUGCAUAACAGUUAACAUGGCUCUGUUAUUUCUGGGAGAAACGGUGGGACAAGGGUGAGAAGGGUGUUUGCUAUGUGAGUUCUCCUAGUGCAGUACAGUGUUUCUGUCUGUAUCUAUUUUUUUAACUCCCAGCCGUUGACACUUUACCUGUGUGAAAGAUGAACUGCAGAGACCAUGGAACAUGCUUUCUGAGUCAUGCACUUCUAGUUAAUACUCCACCACAGUUUUGAAUUGAAGAUCUGAUGUGGUUCAAAUAGGACAUGUGUGUCAUCAUGAAGGUUACCUAAAUGCACAUGUAUGGUCCUAUAGCUUGGUCAAUGUCGCAAAGAGAAGGUUUUGGUUUGGUAGUAGUAGUGGGCUACACAUCAUGAAGGUUACCUAAAUGCACAUGUAUGGUCCUAUAGCUUGGUCAAUGUCGCAAAGAGAAGGUUUUGGUUUGGUAGUAGUAGUGGGCUACACAUCAUGAAGGUUACCUAAAUGCACAUGUAUGGUCCUAUAGCUUGGUCAAUGUCGCAAAGAGAAGGAUUUGGUUUGGUAGUAGUAGUGGGCUACACAUCAUGAAGGUUACCUAAAUGCACAUGUAUGGUCCUAUAGCUUGGUCAAUGUCGCAAAGAGAAGGAUUUGGUUUGGUAGUAGUAGUGGGCUACACAUCAUGAAGGUUACCUAAAUGCACAUGUAUGGUCCUAUAGCUUGGUCAAUGUCGCAAAGAGAAGGAUUUGGUUUGGUAGUAGUAGUGGGCUACACAUCAUGAAGGUUACCUAAAUGCACAUGUAUGGUCCUAUAGCUUGGUCAAUGUCGCAAAGAGAAGGAUUUGGUUUGGUAGUAGUAGUGGGCUACACAUCAUGCAAAGAGGAUAAAUGUCAAAUAGACACGUGGGAAAUGUAUUCAAAGUAAGACGACAGUAAUGUUGGAAUAAAAACAUGAAGGUUUAUCGUGAAGACCUUAAUUUUCCAGUGACCUUGGGCUCAAGGUUAUAUCAUACAGUAUAUCACACUCCCUUGCUGUAAGUUCAAUGUAGGGGCAUCAUAUAGUAUGUUUCCAUCAUUAGAUAUAUUUACUAUUGGUCAUCAAUGGUGAGAAUACACCAUUUAGACUGCCCUGAUGCUAUUCAUGGUGGAUAUAGCAGAAUGGUAGGUAGAACCCAUUUAUUUUCCUAGAUUUUAAGUUCUCUUUCUGUAACAAUACCCAAGAGUAGAAGUUGUAUUCAGAUUGAGAACCUGAGGCCAACAUUCAUUCACAAUGGUUAUCCAGGUUCCUGUGGUAAAUAAGAAGAAUAAUGAAUGUAGGGAUAUUGCUCUGUUGUCUACAUAUUAAUACACUUGCUGUAUAGCUGUGUCUAAAGAAUGAUGUUUUUGAAAUGUUCUGGAGAAACGGUAAUCGGUUUUGACUGAGUUGAGCCUUGUGUCUCACGUUCAGUGUUUUAGGUUUAUCCAAUGCACUCUCACUAGUCUCGGUGCCCCUAAUCCUCUCAUCAGAACCUGAACAUCCUUAAGCAAAGUUUGUGUAUCAUUACUGUUGUGUAAGUCUACUAGUCAAUUCAAGACUUGUUCUUGUUAUGUACUGUAUAUCAGACAUUCGGAAAGCCAUUUUUGAGUGGUGUGGUCAGACAGACUGUUACUCUCCUUUUGUCUAUUCCUUGUCAUAGACAAUUUCACUUGGUUUCAGAGCUUGCAGUGUGUGCAAAUAAUUUUUCCCAAAUGUACUGCCUUGAUCAUAAACUGAUUAGACUUGUUUUCUACUCAAUGAUUAGAAAAACUAUAAAAAAUACGCCUUGCUUCGGUUUUAAGGGAUAUUUGUUUGUUAUAGUUUGGAGAUAGAUGUUAUAGUUUGGAGAUAGAUACAAAUGAGAUAGAUACAAAUGGGCAUUUAAAUUUGCACAUCACCUUAAUGAAGAUGUCUUUAUACAUUUGUGAUAAUUUAACAGUAACGCCAAAACCGCCCACCGAAGCCUAGAUGGUAUAAAUGGUAUUUAACAGCAUUGAACGAGAUCAUUUAGAACACCUAGUUAGCAUUCUAGCAUUGUUCAUGAAGGAUUCUUUUUGUGGAUUUAAAAAAACAUGUUUUUUUUGUGUAAUGUACAAUGUAUCAACCUAUAGGAUUUUCUUUGUCUUAUACAUGGCUAUUGUGUGCCCUCUAUGCAAUAUGGGUAUAAAAUGCACUCUUUUUGAUUGAAAAUGUUUUGUCUGCUUAUACAAAAUCUACAGUACUUGAUUGUAUUGAUACCAAAUCAAUAAAUACUUUAUUGUA